AUGUCGUUUUUAUCAGUUUUAAGCACUUGCUUGACAGAUUGGCCUUCCCUUAUAUUAGUAUUAUUGAUAAUUUAUGUAUCAAACUUCUACUAUAAAUAUUUUACGCGUCCUAAUCCAUUACCAGGUCCCAUGCCGAUCCCUAUACUCGGGACGAUUCAUAUAGUUGGAAUGAAUCCCCUAACAUGGUAUAACAAAAAUAAGAAAAAGGCCGGUGCAAUUUGGAAAUUUUACAUUGGUUCCCAACAAAACAUAGUUAUCAAUCAUGCAAAACAUGCUGAGAAACUUUGCAAACCAAAUAAAAGCCUCUUUAAACGAGUUCCCUUUCCAACAUUUGAAAGAAUAGGACUUAACAAUGGAUUAUUUUUUGGUAAUAAUUAUGAUUCAUGGCAUCGAAGGAGAAGAUUAACAGCCCGUGCAUUAAUGUCAACGAAAUUCUUACGAGAUGGAUUUGAGUUUGAUUUUAGGGAAUGGAUAAGAUAUUUCCUAACUGAUCUUCAGACUCUUCAAACAACAAAACAACGUUCUUAUUGUUUAGCUUUAUUUGACACAAAUAAUAAAUUAGUUCAAACUGAAGAAAUCAAAAAAUCUUUAGAGUUCACUAAAGACGUAAAUAAAUUUUUUCAAUCACUUGGAUUUUUUAUGUUCGUCCCUCAAUUUGUAAUGGAUUAUGUACCAGGUUUUAGCCAUUAUAGAGAGAGCUGCGAACGCAAUAUUAAUUGUUUGAAUGAUGUUGUGGAUAAUAUUGUUAUUAAAAGAAAGAAAGAACUUGAAAAUGGUGCUGAAUUAGAUUCAGAUUUGUUAGAUCAUCUAUUGAUUGCUCAUACCCUAAAAGAUCCUGAUUCUAAAAAUGAUGAUAAUGUGACUCCAAUAACUGCUAAAGAAGUUACUAUUCUUAUGUGGGAUGUUCUCAUAGCUUCUACUGAUACGACCGGUAAUUCAUUCAGUUUUUUAAUAUAUUACCUUGCAAAAAAUCCAAAUGUUCUUGUCAAGAUUCGUAAAGAGAUCGAUGAAGUUUUUGGUCCUGAUCCAAACGUUGAAUUCACCCUUGAAAAACUCGAUAAUUGUUGUUACAUUGAAGCUUCGAUUAAAGAAUCUUUGCGUAUUGUUUUGUUAGUUCCAUAUACUACUAAAGUUUCUGAUGGUGUUCAAAAUAUUGCUGGAUAUAAUUGGCCAAGUGGAACUAGAUUUUGGGUAGAUAAUCAAACUCUUUGUAAUGAUCCUGAUUAUUGGGAAGAUAAUGAAACUUUUAAUCCUGAUAGAUUUUUAAGUAAAAAUCAUGGUGGCUCGUCUGAACUUUCGGAAUUUCAAAAGAUUUCUUUUACUCCGUUCGGUUGUGGUGUUAGAGCUUGUGCCGGAAAAUUAGCGGCUAUGAAUAUGUUGAAAUCUUUAGUUGUUCUAUUUUAUAGAAAGUAUAACAUAGAAUUAAAGGAUGAAAAGAUAAAACACUAUUAUAGUGGUUUGACUCAGGUUCAUGGUCUGAAAGUUAGGAUUAGAUUAAGAGAUGAUUCUUCUUUAUAA